AUGCUUCUGGACAACAGUUCGCUGAAGUAUACCAAAACAUUUGAUCUGGCCAUUCCGCGGCACUCACGCAAGGAUACUGGUUAUACAGAGGGUGAGUUGAGCGAACUUUACAAUAAGGGUGUACAGGCCCUUCUGGCGAGCAUGCCGGGAUUGACUUAUUUCUCCUGGGAAGACGUGACACUGUACACAACUACCAUAUCAACUCUACACCAAAAAUGUCCAAAUAUUCGAUCGUUGAUCAUUCACAACGAAGAGCAUAUCGAGGAAAAGCUAGGGCUGAUAGACAAUUUUGACUUUAAUGAUGGGUUUCAUGAAAGGCAAGCAUUGUUUGCCACGCAGGAUCUCUCGCUCUUCUCCAACCUGGCUGAACUCGAAGUCUACGGAAUCUACGGUGAUCUCAACCGUGUCAGGAAGGAUCUCGUAGAAGUUUUGCUCAAGUCACCAACUUUGAGAACACUAGGCCUGUCAAUCAGCGCUGAUACUGUGGAACGGCUCAACUUCGAAGGGACAGUAGCCAAGAACAUGGAGUAUCUAUUGUUCUCAAAGGCAUUAUGCGAUGAAUACGUAGCUGCAGGUGGCAGACCUCUCCGAUUGCAGAAGUUAGUGUUUGGCCUCAGCCUCAUCGUGUGGCAGCCAGGGAGCUAUCUUGCUAGCUUGGUCGACCUCGAAAGCUUGGAGGACGCGUAUAUCUCUAACCAAGGCCAUGAUGUUGCAAUAUACUUUCAAGAAGAAGACAACAUUGCAUGGAGUCUGUUCACACCCAAUCAAUGCCCUAAUCUGAGCACUUUUGGCGUUCAUGAUGUCACCAAAAGAGUUAAACGGUGGGUGGAUGCACUCGAACCGGGAUAUAUACGGCAAUUCAGGACAGAAUGGUCAACUGAAUAUGACUUGAAUGAUGUUGUGUCAAAAUUGGAAGGCGCUCAUACAUCAUCUAAAUCGAAGAUGAGCAUGGUAACUUCUCAAACGGACGACUUCCAGCUUGUGAAAAUACGAGGUGUUCAGGCUCUUGCUAUCAAUAUCAGAUCUCCACACCAAGAGAUCAACUAG